AUGUUUCGUUUUCUAUCUUCUUCGACGGAGAAUCCACCAUCUUCUGAGAAUGACCAAUGCUGUAUCGUUUGCUUUGAUAACGAGAAUGAGUUGACGUUCACGACCGACAAGUGUAACCAUCACGUGUGUCAGGAAUGCUUGGUGCAGUAUUUGAGAACGUACUUGGACAAAGGCUCAAGCAUCAUGCGUGAUUAUGAAACGAUUCCAUGUCCUCAAUUCAAAUGUAAUCAAGAGUUCCAAGCUGCAAAUGUCAUCGACUUGGUGAUGCCUUCUCAUGAUCAAGCAGCAACAUGGUGGCGAAAGUUGAUCGAAAAGACCACCAUUGAUAACUUGGGAACAUGUCCUUAUGAUGAUUGCAAAGCCGUGUUUGAGGUCUUGCCGGAGGAGUUGGGUGAGGUCUCAGCCUUCACUGAAUGCUUGGAAUGUCACCGUGGGAUUUGCAUCCAAUGUGGUAGCAAGUGGCAUGAAGGUGGUUGCAAUAACAAACGUUGGGCUCGAGUCACUUUACCCAAGGACCAAAAGGAAGCUGCUAUUCGUCGCAAGAAUUCAAUGGAACUACGUCAAGUUGCAAAGAGCAAGGGAUGGUCUCGUUGCCCAAGAUGCCGCCACAUGGUCGAGCGUAUUGCUGGGUGCAAUUAUGUCACAUGCCGAUGUGGUACGGGCUUCUGUUAUCGAUGUGGAUCUGUUAGCCAUUAUCAUGGAAAUCAAGGUUGCAAUGUCUGCAGAUCCAUGAAACACGCUGCACUACAAGCAUACAAGGACGAGAACAUUUACCAAUACGAAGCAGGAAACACUAAUGUCUAA